AUGAGUGUAUCGAAAAGUGGGAACCUCCCGCAGAAGCGAGAUGGCCAUGGCAACAAUUUGGGCAACAAUACCUCGAUAGAGCUGGUUUCGAAGAACGGGCCGCUGCCGAUAAACGUAAUGAUGCAAGAGGGUGUGAAGGCGUUGACUAAAAUUCUUUCGAACCAGCUUCAGGACAGGAAAGCGUUUGAGAACUCGCAGCACUCGAUGCAGUUUGUGUUGAAGAACGACAGCGCCGUGUCAAAUGGGAGUGGGAACCAACAGAUAGCAAACCACAGCAGGAUAGGUCCGAACUCUACUAUCAUAGAUCACACUCGGGUUGAUGAACCCGAUGGGAUGACAGAUUCGAGCAUGCAUAUAGGGGAAGAUCAGUUCCAGGGGAGCCAGCGCAAUAGCGAUGCGAUAUUCGGUGGUCAAGUUCAGAAUUUUAUAGACGAUGAGUUCGAGAACCCGGAUAUACAGUUCGAUGGCGAUGAGGCGGAUAUUAUAUUUGAUUACGAGACUCAGGAGUUGCCCGAUAAUGUGGACGGUAUUGGGAAGAAGAUAUCGGAGAUGAUCGAGUCCGUUUUGCCCGGUGGAUUCACCACGGACUCUGCUGGGAAAUUGCACGCUGUCAUGAACGGUAACGAGUUGAACAUAACGGAGUUGAACGAUGAUAAUGUCGAUGGAGAGAUUGAGGACAUGGAGGAAUUGUUGGCGAAGCACCGGGAGAGUCUCCAACUCGAGGCCGGCAAGGAUAGACCCAGUGGGCUAAUGCAUAGUAUAUAUAAUGGUGGUGAUGUUACCCAUGGGGGUAACGGUGAGGGGCACGAAGAUGAGGAUGCUGAAGAUGCUGAGGAGGAGGAAAAUGGAGGGGGUGCACAUUACGAUCACGGGAGUUGUUGCCCAUAUCAUCAAAACUCGAACGAACGGUCCUCGAAGUUUAAAAACUACCACUACCACGAGUUCGACUACAUCACGCCGAACAAAUCAAUCACGUCACGGUCACUCGUACCGGACUUCUCCAUCUUGGCAAACCAGGACAAGCCGAUGUGUACUUUCUGCGAGUACUACAUGGUCUUUGGCGAGCCACCUAAGAACAUGAUAAAAUGGUACAAUAAUACAUACGGUUACAACCGCGUGCCGAUGUCUAGUCAGCAAAGGGAGCAGCAUAAUAGGCGGUAUCGACAGCAACAGCAUGGUCAGGAUCAGGGGAAACACCCGGGGUGA